AUGGGCGUCAUCGCAACGGUGGCUACUGUGGUGUUGGCCAUCUCAUUCAUGGUCUUUGUCACCUUUUUUGGCCGACUACCAGCACUCAGAGGCACACCAAUAUCAUGGCUUCACAAAGUAAUAUGGGUCCACUUCCCGAAUCUCCUCAAAUCCAUCGACCGCCGUGUCACCGGCGGCCGAAUCUCCCCAGCUUGUGUCCGCUUCGGGAAUUACAUGAUGUACGACCGACAUCCAUCCGUCCUGAUAUUCUUCCUCCUCCUCCUCUCCAUAGGCGAAAUCCUCUACCUCCCCACCGCCUGGCCUCAACUCACCCCCCUCGUCAAACUCACCGGCACCGUCUCCAUCAUCCUCCCUUACCUCUUCCUCUACCUCGCCGCCUUCACCGACCCAGGGUACAUCACCCCCGCCAACCACCCCCAGGAGAUGUCCCGCUAUCCCUACGACUUCACCCUCUUCCACCCAGGCAACGAAUGCCACACCUGCCACCUCCUCAAACCAGCCCGAAGCAAGCACUGCUCCGUCUGCAAGCGCUGCAUAGCCAAAAACGACCACCACUGCAUCUUCAUCAACAACUGCGUCGGGGCCAACAACCAGCACUGGUUCAUCUUGCUUCUUCUCUCCACAGCCGUGCUGACGGCGUACGGCGGUAUUCUGGGCGUCUAUCUCAUGGCCAAAAGAAUGAACUUUUUCUUUCCCUACUGGGCGUUGUUGCCUUGGAACGCCAAUAAAGGGGAGGGCAUGCCGCUGAAAGACUGGCUCGUCAUCUGGUCGUGGGGUUUCCAGAACCAGGUCGGCAUGGGGGCGGUUACCUUGCUGGCGGGGCUGACGUCACCGUUGGUUUGGGGACUGUUGGGGUAUCACGCCUGGCUUGUCUAUUGCGGGACGACCACGAACGAGAGUAUGAAGUGGAGCGAUUGGAGUUAUGAGAUGAGGGAGGGGUUUGCGUACAAGAGGAAGAUGCACGGGCAGAGGCAGAAGGACCUGAAGGUUGAGCCGGCGUGGACGAGGUGGCCGGCGGAGACGGAGCAGGUUUUGGUCAGGACCGAGAGCGGGCAGUGUCCGGCAGAGGAUGACCAGACGCUGCCCGGGUAUGGGCCGUGGGAGGCGGUUUGGGGGUUGAAAGAUGUGGAGAAUUUGUAUGACAUCGGGUUUUGGGAUAAUUUGGUGGAUGUGCUGGUGCCGGGGUAUAAUUUUCGUGAUGAGCCGAGUGGGAAGAGACAGAGGGGUGGGCUGAGGCAGAGGAAGAAGAGGAGGGCGAGGAGGAUAUACUUGGCGUGA